AUGGAGAAAUUACUCGGUGGACAAACACACAAUGGACCGUCGAAGACUAAGAUCGUCUGCACACUUGGACCGGCGUCUAGGUCAGUUGAGAUGAUCGAGAAGCUUCUCAGAGCCGGCAUGAACGUAGCUCGCUUCAAUUUCUCACAUGGCUCUCACUCGUACCAUCAAGAAACUCUCGACAAUCUCAGAAUCGCAUCCAAGAACACUGGUAUUUUCUGUGCCGUCAUGCUCGACACAAAGGGUCCUGAGAUUCGAACCGGAUUUCUGAAAGACGACAAACCGGUGGAGCUAAUUCAAGGUCAAGAGAUCACAAUCUCCACUGAUUACACACUCAAAGGAGACUCAAACACAAUUUCCAUGAGCUACGAGAAGCUUGCGGAUGAUCUCAAGCCCGGUGACUUGGUCCUCUGUGCCGACGGCACAAUCUCUCUAACCGUCUUGUCCUGUGAGAAGACCGAAAACAACAUCGGCCUUGUUCGUUGCCGAUGCGAGAACUCUGCAACCCUAGGUGAAAGGAAGAACGUGAAUCUCCCUGGAAUCGUCGUCGAUCUCCCGACUCUUACGGAGAAAGACAGAGUCGAUAUUCUCCAAUGGGGAGUGCCAAACAAGAUUGACAUAAUCGCUCUCUCCUUUGUUCGUAAAGGAUCUGACCUAGACGAGGUCAGGACAUUGCUUGGAGACCACGGAAAGUCAAUCAUCCUUAUGUCAAAGGUGGAGAAUCAGGAAGGAGUGAUGAAUCUUGACAAGAUUAUGGAGAAGACCGAUGCGUUCAUGGUGGCUAGAGGAGAUUUGGGAAUGGAGAUUCCGACGGAGAAGAUCUUCCGAGCUCAGAAACUGAUGAUCUUGAAGGCUAAUGCUCUCGGGAAACCAGUCGUCACAGCCACACAGAUGCUUGAGUCGAUGACCAAAACUCCACUUCCUACUAGAGCCGAAGCCACCGACGUUGCGAACGCUGUUCUUGACGGUACCGACUGUGUCAUGCUCAGCGGAGAAACAGCCGCCGGAGCUCACCCUGAGGCCGCGGUGCUGACGAUGUCGAGGAUCUGCAAAGAGGCGGAGGAAGACAUUGAGUACGACACUCUCCAUAAGAAGAUCAAACUAAGUGUUCCGUUGCCUUUGUCUCCGAUCGAGAGUUUGGCGGCUUCCGCGGUUUCGACGGCGAUGAAUCUGUCUGCGAAGGCGAUUCUGGUCCUCACCAAGGGCGGUUACACGGCGAAGCUCGUGGCGAAAUACAGGCCUAGCGUUCCGAUUCUGUCUGUGAUUGUCCCGGACGCCGAUGAUUGUGAGGAGUCAUCGUGCCCUGAAGCUGCGGCGAGACGUGGUUUGGUUUACCGUGGAAUCAUUCCGGUGGUGGCGGCGAGAGCUUCGGAGUCGGCGGAGGAGAUGAUUGGAUCAGCGAUCGAGUUUGCAAAGAAGCAGGACAUCUGCAAGGCUGGAGAAGCUAUUGUGGUGUUGCACAUGAUCGAUGGCUCUUCUGUCAUCAAGGUUUUGAUUGUUGAGUAG